AUGACUUGUGAAAAUAGUGUUAACACGAUCCAUAUAAUUGUUCGAAACGAAUCUUUUGAAUUAUCAUCCUCUCUUUUUUGUCAAUUUCUGGAAUAUUCAUCAUAUUCCGAUUUAAAUGAUGCUAAACUAAAUAAUCAACAUCACAUACAUCUAAAUAUCGACCCAUACAUUUUUCAAGCCUAUCUAAUUUACAUCCAAUCUGGCUGUUUUAUUCGACCUGAUCAUUUAGCUCAAGAAGAUUUAAUUAAUGGAUUGCGAAUAUGUGGUGCACCUUCCAAUUUAGUUGAAUACUAUGAACAUCGUGAUCUAACAUUAAGUCUUACUUCACAUGCAUAUUCGUGUCGGCCUAUUCGUACAAACAUAAGAAGCCGACAAAAAUGGUUCAAUCUAUUUAUUUUAAGCGGAUUUUUUAUUGCUGGAUGUUGUUUAACUAUUGAUUUGUAUCGGCAAAUGUUAAUAUUAAACAAAAAUUAUUAUGAAGAAACAUCUCAAUACUUAAUUAUUAUGAUAUAUUGUAUUGAUGGUAUUUUAUUUCUAUACUCGUGUUCAUAUGGAAUUUCAAAAUUUGUCUUAACUAACUAUGACAAAAAAGAACUAGGAAAAGAUCCAUAUUUCAUAACUCAUGUAAUUUCAUGUUUGGGCAUUCUAUGCUAUUUUAUUAGUCAACGUCCAAUUACUAAUGUUUAUUUAUCGAAUUGGAAUUCAGUUUGGACACUGAUUCAUCUCUGUCGAACUAUUCGUAUAGCACAAUUAGGUUGUCGUUUAAUUGAUAUUCGAUGGUGUCUAUAUGCUAUUACUAAAUGCUUCUGGAUAUUGUUAGAAACAAUUAUCGGACUUUUUUGGAUUUUAAUUUUUUCAGGUUCUAUGUUAUUCACUAUGGAUAUGAUAGAAAGACAUCAACAAUACAAAAAUAAUUGGUUGACAAUUCUCUCGGUCCAUGAAACUUUAUAUGCAAUAGGCUAUCGAAACGACUCGCCAAAUGGAUUUUUAACACGUCUAUGGACGAUGAUUAGUAUUUAUCUCAUGUCAUCAAUAGUACAAAUACUUUUAUGGUGGUUUCAAACAAAAGUUACGAUUCAAUGGACAAUUUUAUUAGAUAAGAAAAAGUAA